AUGGCUGGAAGUCGUGUGCUCUCGCUGGCGGGCCUAGUCCUUCUUCUAGAAACCGUCACGUGUCGUCCGGCUAUACCCAGAGCUCGUCGUGACAUCCCCCUGGAUUUUGAAGCUCUUGCUGAGAUGCCUGUGGAACACUUUGGACUUGUAGAUGAAUACGGGGUGCUGCCGAAACAUCCGUCCUUUCACCAUCGAGUGACCCGUAAGCAGCCAAAAGGGCUAGCACAGGCGGGAAAAAGCAAACGUGAUGGUCCAGACAUGGAGGAGCUCUACUACGAUGACAUCAUGUAA